GUCACUCCAAAAGGGAGCAUAAAAUAUAAACUGAAAGUAAAAGCAAACUCCCAGCAAUUGUUCGGCAAUGGGUGCCAACAACAGCAAGCCGCAGACGGUGCAGAUGGCCAAUCCGAUGGCAUUUGAGAUUACUCGAGAUGUGGUGGAAAGAAUUGAUCAGGCCACCGCCAAAAACAGUAAAUUGGGUUCCACCCUCUGCGAGAAAUGUAAACAGAAGAACAAAUUAGGGUCAGGUUCCGACGUUCCCAAUACGAUGCAACACAAACCAAGGGAAGUUCAGGACAUGCAGCCAGUUCCAGUGGCCAAGUCCUGGAAAAAGCGCUCCCUGGAGGUCGAGGAAACGGAAUUCGGAAGAUCCUUGCAGCGGGUUCAAGAGCUCUUUGGUAAGCCCGUAAAAUGGGCAAAGGAGUGUGAGGGCGAGAUCGGAAAGUUCGAGGAGGAACUGAUCCACUGCUAUCAACGGUACCCCAACGAACCCCUGCAGUGCUCCAAUUUGGCCAGACGGUAUCACCGAUUCGUGUUUGCCAGACAGAACGCCGAAAUAUCCAAAAUAAGGGUGGAUCCAGAGGGCUCCGGUGAACCCAGGACUUCUAGGUCAUCCAAAAAUACUAAAAAUCCACAUUAGACCCACCUAAAAAUAAUUUAUUUUAAUGCCUGACGCGAUUUUGAAUCUGUCUAUCUAUAUCAACUAUUUUCCAUGGGCUCAAGAAACACCAAGCUAAUGUAUUCAAUUAUGUCUAAUCGCCGGAAUUCGAAAUAAAAUAU